AUGUCGACCCAAAAGCCAGCCAAGGCUAAGAAAUCGCACAAGAGUGCGAAUACGUCUCAGUCUUCGUCUGUCGCGGAGGGUUCGUCCAGCAAGAAGCAGCAAGUGUACGACACUGUCAACGUCGGCCUCGAUGUAAUGGCGAAUGUAGCUGAAGGGUCGGAUAUUCUUGCGCCUCUCAAGGCAGCUUGUAAAACUACAAAGUCUAUCCUCGAUGUCAUGCAGGCACGUUGGCGAAUUGUGGCAAUAGAUAGCAACCAAGAGGAUUGGAAGGAUCUAACGCAACGCCUGGGAGAGUAUAAGACUGCACUCGAGGAACAAACCGCCUUGAUCGGCAAAUACCCCAUAGCGGACAAGGACGUCUACGAGGCGCUCAACCAGCCGCUUGCCCGAUAUAUGGAGCUUCUGAAAGGGAUGCAAACCAUGGUCGUCAAUUUACAGGAGAAACGCAAGCAAAGCAAACUCGGUGUAUUCAAAGCGUUCAGCAAAGUUAAGGUCGAUGCGGGAGAGAUUCGUCGAUUCAAUCGGGAUAUCGAGGACCGACAUAGGCAGUUGAUGAGUGCAUUGACUCUUUUUAUUGCGUUACUGGUUCAAGCCAACGCCGACUCCACUGCGAUACUUCAGCUACCGACUGUAGACUUCGUAGCGUCCUCAGUUCAUAGUCGCUGUUUGGAGGGAACACGCGAGGCUGUUCUCAAGAUGAUCUGGGACUGGGCCAAUGGCGAUGCAUCGGACAAGCCGAUAUUCUGGCUCUGCGAUAUCGCUGGCUCCGGCAAGUCCACAGUCGCAAUGUCCGCAUUGGAGACAUGGCAGAGGGAAGGAACGCUAGGUGGCCGAUUCUUCUUCUCCAUGGCAAGUAACGAGGCCUCCACGACCGACAAAUUCUGUCCCACCAUUGCAAGAAAUCUCGCCCACUACAUUCCCCAGCUCGGGCCCCACAUUGCUGAUGCCAUCAAACGCAAUCCCUCUUUCAUGCAAAGCUCUCUUGGAGAGCAGUUUCAAACCCUCGUCACUACUCCUAUCCUUCGUCGGCAACAGCGUGUGAUCCUCGUCAUCGACGCUGUCGACGAGUGUAAAUCUGGAACACAGCGUAAACAGCUGCUCGACGCCCUUUGUGUGGCCGUUCAAGAGUGCAAGAACCUCAAGAUAUUCAUGACAAGUAGACCAGAUCCUGUCAUCCAGUCGACCCUUGAGACCGUCUCGAUCAAGGCCAAAGUGGAGAACCGCCUUCACGAUGUCAACCACCCAGAUAACGUUGAUGACAUCGCUGCCUAUAUACAUCGAUCGCUCGAUGGGAUUCUAUCUCCUGACAAGAGGCAGCAACUAGUCGAAAAGGCCCAAGGACUGUUCAUCUGGGCGAGCACUGCUUGCCGGAUGCUGAACAGUGAAGCCACAUGGGACACGCCAGAGAACGUCUAUGAUCGAUUGAUCUCAGUGGACAAGGCGGGAGACAUAGACGACGUAUAUGGUCUCAUCUUCGAGCGGAUAGACCCAAAGGCUCAAGAGUCGAUGUGUAAAAUGCUGGCCCUACUGCUGGCAGCGUUCGAGCCGCUCACAGUCGACGAGGUGCAGGACAUCCUGACGCAUGUCAAAGUACGCGGGAGCGUCAAGAUGUUGGUGCAGAAUCUAGGAAGCGUACUGAGCGUGGAUGAAAGGACGCAGCUAAUCCAAUUUCGCCACCCCACGCUUGUUGAGUACCUUCAACGGUGCUCCAUGACUCCAUCUACCAGCAAAUUCUCCAUUAAACUCGCAGAGGCUCAUGGACAAGCUGCGUCCUGGUGUCUCAACCGCCUCACAUCACGGACCGAUGGGCUCAAGUUCAACAUAUGUCAAAUCGAAUCAUCUUUCUUCCUCAAUAAGCAGAUUCCGAAUCUUGCCGACAGAAUAUCCAAGUUUAUCCCACGGCAACUUCAAUACGCAAGCUCGCAUUGGUGUUUCCACAUCAUGAAAAGUGACGAUAGCUGGCGACGCACAGUCAAGAAAGAACUUGAACAAUUGACGGAAGCAUCCUACGCGCUAUAUUGGAUGGAGGUGCUGAGUUUUACGAGGGGACUACCACGAGCAAUAAACGGCCUUCGAGCAAUUGUACGUCACAUGGGACUUGAAGAGGAGACAAGAAAGAGGAUGACCGAGAUCCGGCGGUUUAUGAUGGCAUAUUCCGUGCCGAUCCAAGAGAGUGCUCCACACAUCUACAUUUCUGCGCUUCCGUUCAGUCCGAAAGAGUCAAAACUGCACACUGACGGCUUGAUAAAGUACAGGAGGACGCUUAAAGUGAUGGAGGGACUUGAGGCAAUGUAUUCCAGACUUCCGAGAGCUCUUCGAGGCCAUCAAGAUGCGGUGAUGGCCGUCGGAUUCUCGCCAGACGGCUCACGAAUCGUCUCUGGCUCUUCCGACAGGACUAUUCGACUGUGGGAGGCAGACACCGGCCAGCCAUUGGGAGAGGCGCUCCGAGGUCAUGAAUAUCCUGUGAUGGCCAUCGGAUUCUCGCCAGACGGCUCACGAAUCGUCUCUGGCUCUUCCGACAGGACUAUUCGACUGUGGGAGGCAGACACUGGCCAGCCAUUGGGAGAGCCACUCCGAGACGGCUCACGAAUCGUCUCUGGCUCGGCCGACAGGACUAUUCGACUGUGGGAGGCAGACACUGGCCAGCCAUUGGGAGAGCCACUCCAAGGUCAUGAGGGAGAGAUCAAUGCCGUCGGAUUCUCGCCAGACGGCUCACGAAUCGUCUCUGGCUCUUCCGACAGGACUAUUCGACUGUGGGAGGCAGACACUGGCCAGCCAUUGGGAGAGCCACUCCGAGGUCAUGAAGGAAUUAUCUGCGCCGUCGGAUUCUCGCCAGACGGCUCACGAAUCGUCUCUGGCUCUUCCGACGGGACUAUUCGCCUGUGGGAGGCAGACACUGGCCAGCCAUUGGGAGAGCCACUCCGAGGUCAUAAGCAUUGGGUGAGGGCCGUCGGAUUCUCGCCAGACGGCUCACGAAUCGUCUCUGGUUCUUCCGACAGGACUAUUCGACUGUGGGAGGCAGACACUGGCCAGCCAUUGGGAGAGCCACUCCGGGGUCAUGAGGAUUGGGUGAGGGCCGUCGGAUUCUCGCCAGACGGCUCACGAAUCGUCUCUGGCUCUUCGACAGGACUAUUCGACUGUCAUGAAGGAAUUAUCUGGGCCAUCGGAUUCUCGCCAGACGGCUCACGAAUCGUCUCUGGCUCUUCCGACGGGACUAUUCGACUGUGGGAGGCAGACACUGGCCAGCCAUUGGGAGAGCCACUCCGAGGUCAUGAAUAUCCUGUGAGGGCCGUCGGAUUCUCGCCAGACGGCUCACGAAUCGUCUCUGGCUCGGACGACAGGACUAUUCGACUGUGGGAGGCAGACACUGGCCAGCCAUUGGGAGAGCCACUCCGAGGUCAUGAAGGAAUUAUCUGCGCCGUCGGAUUCUCGCUAGACGGCUCACGAAUUGUUUCUGGCUCUGACGACAGGACUAUUCGACUGUGGGAGGCAGACACCGGCCAGCCAUUGGGAGAGCCACUCCAAGGUCAUGAGGGAGAGAUCAAUGCCGUCGGAUUCUCGCCAGACGGCUCACGAAUCGUCUCUGGCUCUUCCGACGGAACUAUUCGACUGUGGGAGGCAGACACCGGCCAGCCAUUGGGAGAGCCACUCCGAGGUCAUGAGGGAGGGAUCAAUGCCGUCGGAUUCUCGCCAGACGGCUCACGAAUCGUCUCUGGCUCGGACGACAGGACUAUUCGACUGUGGGAGGCAGACACUGGCCAGCCAUUGGGAGAGCCACUCCGGGGUCAUGAGGAUUGGGUGAGGGCCGUCGGAUUCUCGCCAGACGGCUCACGAAUCGUCUCUGGCUCGGACGACAGGACUAUUCGACUGUGGGAGGCAGACACUGGCCAGCCAUUGGGAGAACCACUCCGAGGUCAUGAAGGAAUUAUCUGGGCCAUCGGAUUCUCGCCAGACGACUCGCGAAUCGUCUCUGGCUCUUCCGACGGGACUAUUCGACUGUGGGAGGCAGACACUGGCCAGCCAUUGGGAGAGGCACUCCAAGGUCAUGAAGGUCCAGUGAUGGCCGUCGGAUUCUCCCCAGAUAGCUUACAAAUCGUUUCUGGCUCAGAAGAUGGGACAGUUCGAUUAUGGAAUACAGAUACUGGUCAGUUGUAG